AUGGGUCGCCUUCGCAACUUCUCCCAGAGUUUGAAAGCAGCUGCUCUGGGAAACCUUUCCAAUGACUCGGUUCAGUCUUUCUCCAGAUCCUCCUCCCACGGCAAGACACAACUAGUCGACAAGGAUUCGCCCGCUCCGUCUCCAGAACUACGCUCCUCACCGUUCGAAGACAACCCUCGGGUGGACCAACGAGGCGAUCGAGUGUCAUCCCGGCCGAAUUCCACCAUAUACGUACCUCCAUCGAUGGAUUCGGCAAGAGACAUGCACGUUGAAGAGCUGGUGCCGGUUUUCAGCUUCUUGACUAGUCACAACAACAAGCUGUACCAAGAAGGCUAUUUUCUUAAGCUCAAUGAUCUCGAUACAAACGGCCGGCCAUAUCCCGAUCGAAACUGGACAGAAUGCUUUGCUCAACUGGUGGGAACGAUACUUUCGCUUUGGGAUGCCGCGGCAUUGGAUGCGGCUGGUCAAGAUGGAGAGGUUGCUCCCACGUUCAUCAACCUGGCAGACGCUUCGAUCAAGAUGAUCGAGACUCUCCCUACCCGCAAUCCUAACGUUGCGCCUCUCCAAAACGUCCUGUCUAUAUCUACCGCGGGCAAAAAUCGAUACCUGCUCCACUUCAACUCGUUGCACUCAUUGACACAAUGGACAGCGGGAAUCCGGCUGGCUAUGUUCGAACACUCGUCGCUGCAGGAACUGUACACCGGCUCUUUGAUCGCCGGCAAAGGAAAGCAUCUGAAUAAUAUCCGUACUAUCAUGGAAAGAUCGAGGUUUCGCUCAGAAGACUGGGCCCGUGUCAGGUUUGGCGCUGGCACUCCAUGGAGACGAUGCUGGUGUGUUAUAGAUCCUCCGGAUCUGAAGGAAUGGCAAAAGUCCAACAAGUCGCUGAAGAAAAAGUCGGCAUACGAUAGGCCAUCGUUGCCAAAAGGUCAAAUCAAAUUCUACGACACUAAGAAGACCAAAAAGGCCAAACCCAUAGCCACUAUUACCGAAGCGUACUCUGCCUAUGCCAUCUAUCCCCAAGCAAAGUCACUAAUUGACCAGUCGACCCUGGUGAAGGUCGAGGGACGAAUCACCAUCCAUUCGCAGCCAGAGUCAAAAACGGAAGGCUUUGUGUUCGUCAUGCCAGAGCUCCAUCCUGCAGUGUCUGGCUUCGAAAUGUUGCUGCGGUGGCUUUUCCCUGUGUAUGAUGUUUUCCAUCUAUACGGUCGCCCUCAGCGACUGAUAGCCGACACGUGGGACACUCGGGGGCUGAUGUUUGCUAUGCCGAAGGAGAGAAGAUAUGGAUACCUGGACAUUAUUGAUGUCGCAGCGCUUAUUCAUACCCCAGGCAGUGACAGAUGGAGCGAACGAGAAUGGCGCAAACAGCUGAAAGAAUCCACUUCCCGUCGGAUGGCCAUGACUGCGCAGAGAAGAUCAAGCACGACCCUGGAUGGAAAAGCCGGAGCCAGGACCGUUUCGGAAUCUAUACCAGGCGUACAUUAUGAUGAUGGAGCGUCGAUACGGUCGACGCCCUCUCGACAUCAGCAUAACCAAUCCACCGACAUGGCUUUUCCUUCGGCGCAAAAGAUCUCUAACGCACCGACGAAUGGUGCGUAUUUGACUCCUGGACAGAAUCACCACUCGAGAUCUGUUUCGGAGUCGGUAACAUAUAUGUCACCGACAAAAAGUCGCCGACAAAAGGAGAAUCUUCCACCGUCAAGGCUGUCAACCGAGCUAUCCGACACAGAGCCCAUCCAGCCUCCGCCGGUGCCUCCAAGUUACCGUGAUGGCACCUACAAGAAUAACGUGAUGAUGACAGAAACCGAUUCCCCUGACAGCCGAUACAGUUCAGAUAGCGAUGGACAGGCGCCACGGACAAAUCCAGAGGAUAUUAAAGCCGAUGUCGGCCAGCCAAUACCUCCAUCUCCUGUCGUGCCGCCUCCAAGCUUCCAACAUAACGCUGGUGAUCUUCCUCAAAAGAGACCGGACGCCAGGCCAGACUUGAGGCGAGAGAAAAGCCGCAUGAGCAACGCCACUUUGUCUCAGAUUGCUGACGUGAACAAAGCCGCCAAUGGUGGGGCGGCGGGGCGUGCUGCGCAUAUGGCGUGGAAUAACGGGAGACACGCGGAUGAGGGCCAGGGGAAUUCUUUUCGAGGGGUAAAUCCAACACCCCAUGAUGAAAGAGAAACGUCUGCUAAUCAACUUGCCUCUCAAGCGAUGGUAGCAGAUGAUGGUGCUUUCACCCAAAGCCCAGCUGAUGUGACCCCAGAAUAUUCUCAGUCCCAUUUUGACCUGCCGAGGCCUAAACAAACGCCCAUUGUACGAAAACCCGUCCCGACGCCGACGUCAAAUCUCCUCCCGCCGCCUGUACGAGCACCAUCACCCAACGUUAUGUCUAAUUAUUCAGCAUCGAGCUACGAGAACGACACCCCUGGCUCGCCCGACUACGACAGUCCUUAUGAAGACUCUAAUCCUUCUAUCCUUCCGCCAAAACGGACGGGAGUGUUGAAGACGGUGGGGGACUCAAGUCUGGGGAACUCGCGUACUCAAGCUUCAGAGUUCAUCAAGACAGAUAUUCCGACUGUGGACUUCGGCACAACCUUCACCCCCAUGUUAACUCCAGGAGGACAAAGCCGCCCUGCCACAGCAAGUGGAAUACUUGAUCAGCCAACGACGUCUCGGCGUUCUCAAACAUCCCCUGUCCCACCGCAGAACAUGUCGCCUGAUGAUGGGAAGGCGUCGCCCUCGGAACGUAGUUUAAGUGGACGACCGCAGCAUUCUCGCUCGUCUAGUUACGCGUGGCAUCCUGGGACUGCAGCAGGUCGACAAAGCCCCGGUGGUGGCCUGACUGCAGAAGAGUUUGUUCAACUGAGGGCUGCCGCUGCCCGAGUCCCGAAUGGUCAUGCACCUCAUCGUAGCGUCUCAUACAGCCAGGUUGAACGAUCUCCGAGUAAAUUACAGAAGAGCCGAGAUUCACUGGUGCGUCCAAGCUCCAGAAACUCGCUGCUCAUCGAUUAUUCCUCGUACCUGUCAGCCAGAGAACAAGAACAUGUCGCCAAGAUGACGGGCGGUCCUCUGAUCCAACUGGGAGGAAGAAGCAACACCCCCGAUCCGUCUAUUGGUCUAAUUGGGGCUAUUGAAGCUCGCGAACAGGAAAGACGCAACAUGAAACAAGGCGUUGCCGGACACAUGGUCAAGGAGGCUAUUGCCCAAAGACACGCCGCUGAGCGGACCUAUGGAUACCAACAAUAUCCAAUGCAUGAGCAUACUGUUGAUCCGCGAGCAAGUGGCCAGUGGGGUUACUCAAGGGCGCCAGGUAGUACCCUUGGUCUCUCACCGACCCCAACGCCGAUGCAGCAGCAAUGGACAAGUCAGCAGAUGUAUCAGCAUCAGCCAGCAUCUCAAUCGGAGUAUCUGCAGCGCCGACCGAGUCAGAUGAACAAUUCGAGACUGAGUGGGUAUUACUCGACGAGCGGCGGGUUCCAAUGA